AUGAUGAUCGUAAGAAAAUUAAUCGGUAUCUUGAUCGUUUGCUCUCUGAUGCAGGGGAGCUUCAACAAAUAUUUAGAGGGUAUGAACGUGAAUUUAGGGGAUGCUUUGCAAUUUCUUAGAGAAUAUGACAAUGAAGCUUCUGCGAUGUGUACGAGAGUAAUAACAGCGCAAUGGAAUUUUGCGACGAAUGUCACUGAAGAGAAUCGUCGAAGAAUGAUAGAGGAACAAUCUUUGAAGUUGAAAUUUGAUCGAAUUUCAUGGAGAAAAGCCGUAAGUUUUGCUUGGAGUCGAAUAGGAGAUCCCUUCGCUCAAAGGGAACUAAAAAUGAUUGCUAUAAAAGGACGAAACUCUUUGACCGAUGACAAAUUCAACGAGUUACACAAUCUUAUAUUGGAAAUGAAGGAAAUAUACGCGAGAACACGAGUGUGUCCUUACAGAACUAUAGAAGUAAAUUGCGAUCUAAGUUUGGAUCAUGAUGUGAAUAAGGCAAUGGCAAAAUCGAAAAACUAUGAUGAAUUAUUAUAUUAUUGGCAUGCUUGGCACGAAGCCACUGGGCCUCAAUUGAAGACUAAAUACAUAAGAUAUGUUCAGUUAGCGAAUCAAGCUGCUAGAUUAAAUGGAUUUCAGGAUGCUGGUGAUCAAAUGAGAGAGUUUUUCGAAGAAGAAUAUUUCCAACAGAAUACAGCGGAUGUAAUGUCGGCCAUUAUGCAUUUGUACAAAAAUCUCUUCACUUAUGUGAGGACAAAAUUAUUCGAAAGAUACGGGGACAAAGUGAGAAGGGAUGGACCACUUCCGGCGCAUAUCUUGGGGAACAUGUGGGCGCAAAAUUGGGAAGAACUUUACGAUCUGGUGCAACCGUUUCCGGCAAGUAAGAAGCUUGAUGUCACUUUGGAGAUGAUGAUUCAAAGUUUCACAUCUUUAAGGAUGUUCCAAAUAGCAGAGGAAUUUUUUACUUCGCUCGGUAUGAAACCGAUGCCUCCUGAAUUCUGGAGAUUCUCCUUGUUUGAGAAACCUAUCGACAGAGACGUAAAAUGUUCUCCUAGCGCUUGGGAUUUUUGUAAUAGAAUCGAUUACAGGAUAAAACAAUGUACGAGAGUCACGAUGGAAGAUUUACUAUCGGCUCAUCACGAAAUCGCUCGAUUACAAUAUUAUUUGCAAUAUCGGGAUCAACCAUUAUUAUUUAGGAACGAGGCAAUUCCAGGAUUUUUCGAGGCAGUCAGCGAUGCAAUCGAACUCUCAGUGUUCACGCCUCAACAUUUAAGUAAACUCGAAUUACAUGACAAUACUACGGAUGAUUAUGGAAGUGAUAUCAAUUUUUUAAUGCUAAUGGCGCUUCGUAAAAUUGCCUACAUGCCAUUUGCUUACAUAGUCGAUGAGUGGAGAUGGUAUGUGUUCAACGAGGGUGUUGCGGAUAUGACGAACAAAUGGUGGGAGUUAAGAUUACAAUAUCAAGGAAUUGUUCCGCCAGUGCCACGAUCGGAAAGAGAUUUCGAUCCUGGUUCAAAAUAUCAUGUACCAGCUGAUGCUCUUUACGCCAAAUAUUUUGUUGGUGUUGUUUUGCAAUUUCAAUUGUUCGAAUCUUUAUGUGAAAUAGCAGGUCACACUGGUGAUCUACAUACCUGUGAUUUUUACAGAUCACGAGAUGCUGGAAGAUUAUUAUCUGAUGUAUUAUCAAUGGGUUCAUCUAAACCUUGGAAAGAUGUUGUACGUCAAAUGACAAGGGGAAGAACAAACAGAAUGGAUGCUGGAGCUAUAUUGAGAUAUUUCGAGCCUUUAAAUCAAUGGUUGAAACGACAAAAUGAAAUGGAGCCGGUUGUCGGAUGGAUUACAAAUCGCGACGAUACAGCGUUAUUUUUUCACUGGUACCAAAAUGGUGCUCGAAAAAUCACCUCGCAAUUAUUUCUUCCACUGGUUUUAAUUAUUUCGCAAGUUUUAAUGUGUUAACAAAUAAAUACAGAUUCAAAUAUCAUUGUACAUAUAUAAAAAAUUAUGUAAAUAUCUUAUGAAACCUUUAAAACAAAGUUUAUAUAAUCAAAGAUAACUAUAUUUUGUGUAUAUGUACUAGCAAUUGAUGCCAAAAAUCAGCAUAUUUA